AUGGAGUCCAAUCUGUCCCGCCUGUCUUCACUGAAAGAAGAAGAAAUUCCAGUUUACAUCCACCCACAUUACAAAGAAUCCUACCGCCUGGCCAUUUACGCCCUGCUGUGUGGAGGCAAAGUGGCCUAUGAGGAGUUCCUCCGAGCCGAGCACAUCAGCCACUUUCUGUCAGACGAGGAGAUCCUGUUCAUCUUGGAAAAUGCAGAGUUACCGGUUGUGGAGGAUGACUCCAGACGGGUCACAGACGAGGUCAGCCCAUCCACGUACUUCCCAACCGAGUCAGAUGAGGAGGUGCCCGACUUGGACCUGGGCUGGCCGGAGAUCUCGCUGGAGGCCGUGGACACAAGCAUCAGCGUGCUUUUCCACCCGCCCAGAGACAACACACCAACCAUUAAAGAAGUGGUCCGCAAACAGAUACAGGAGGCGAGGCAGGUUAUUGCCAUAGCUAUGGACGUCUUCACUGAUGUCGAUAUUUUCAAAGAGAUCAUCACUGCGACGUUGAGGGGAGUGGCAGUCUACAUCCUUCUGGAUGAUUCCCAGUUCAAGAGCUUCCUCGCCAUGUCGCACAGGGUGGGCGUCAACAUCCAGGACUUCAAGAACAUACGUGUUCGGACGGUUCAGGGGCAGCAGUAUCAGUGUCGUUCCGGGAUGAGGUUCCGUGGAGAUCUGGAACAAAAAUUUAUUCUGGUUGACUGCCAAACAGUGUUGUUUGGAACAUACAGCUACACGUGGACGUUUGAGAAGAUCAACCUCAGCAUGGUCCUGGUGAUCACAGGUCAGCUGGUCUGCUCAUACGACGAGGAGUUUCGAAGACUGUACGCUCGAUCCACAGUUCCUGCAAUUCAGUCCAAGGAGAGGUCGCAUGUCCAGUACCUGAGAGACAACGUGGGCCUGCAGAACUCCAGCCAGCUUUCCCUCCGUCAGAUUCAAAUGAGAUCCAGAAUGAUGCACAGCGUGAGAGGUGCUCCGAAUGACAGGUUUAACAAUGCCGCCAUGAUGACCAGGGGCCUGAGCGUGCAGGAUAUGCUACAUCCAUCUCACUGUGCUGAAGGGGAAAAUAUGGUGCGGGGACACAGUUAUGGCGGAGAACUGCAGAAGUUAAACUCCAUGACUCGGCUGAGGAUGGGGACCAAGGACAUCGGAGCCCCUGUUGCUCCUGAGAGGGCUGGAUCGAAUAUGAGGGGGGGCGGUGACUUACAGCAGACAAACAGGUUGUCCCAGCAGCACAAUAGGCACCGGAGUCGUUAUGGAGCUGACCAGAAUCUGAUACCGUUCAACUCUGAAAUAUCUCUCCACAAGUGGAAGAUGGACAUAUACCUUAACAACAGCGAUGAGCCUCUAGAUGCAUCAUGUGAUGCGAUGUCCCCAAUGGCAUCUCCAUAUAGUAGUCACACAGGCUUAAACGAGCAUCAGUCACAGCUUAUUCACAACAGGUCAAGGGAAAUUAAGUCCAGGAUGGAAGAAAUGAGGCAAAAGAGGCUCAGUCUGCAGGAAUACGCCAAUCUCAGGCAAAGCCAAGAGUCCUUGAGGCAUGUGUAUCUGAUUCCGGAAAGUCAAAAAUUUAUGUCUUCAUUAAGAGGUCUGGACAUGAGUGUGGCAGAAUUAGAGCCAAAUACAGAAAACGGUUGCAGCCUGAAAUCGACUAACCACAAAGAGAGUGAGCCGCACAAGGAAGGCAAUAAAAGAGAGAUCAUUCUCACCGAGGGCCACCGCUCUGCCUCUCACUGUGAUGUCAAAAUGGUUCCAGAUCGAAAGACAAUGCAGCCCUACGACUGGCAUGAGCCUCUUUCAAGGGCAUCCUCAGCUGCCGAUUUAGAUAAGAAACUCAACGAUCCAUCGCUUAAGCUCUCUCAUUUGCAGGUUAGCGAACCAAGUACCCAUCACCCAAGAGCAAUGGAGUCUUUGACUGAAAUCCCUGAAGAGAAAGAGGGUUCAAAUCCACGUGUCAACAGUUCGGACUCUGCUGUAUUCAAAGAUGAAAGUGAGGAGAUUCACAAAGACAAGAAAGCUGUACCAAAGGAGAAUGCUGUGAAAACAAGCUUACCUGCAAAAUCAGAGCAUCAGGAUCAAGCAAAAUCACAUCAAGCCAGAGGAAGCCAUGGUUCUAUAGGUAAGGCAUCCAACAACACAGGCUCAGCUGCUCCAAGGGAAAGAAAGAAAUCAAUAUCCAGUGAGGGAGAAACUGGCCUGAAGGCCAUAAACAAUUCUACAGGAUCUCAGCAUGCAAUGGAAGCUAAGAGUAGUCACACAGAAAAAAGGAAAACACAGCACGAGGAACCGACCCUUCAAAGGAAGGAUUCCUUGAGACUGAAAGUAUAUUCGAUGCUUACGUCAGACGAAAAGAAAGCAUCCAAAAAAGAGGAGAAGUCACUCCAAAGAAAGGGCUCAUUGAGAUCUAAGAAUCCCUCAGGAACAAGCCAACCCCUCAGAGCAGACCAUUCACAGGGAUUUGAAGUAGAUCAAACAACAAAGAAAGGUCAGUCGUCAAACAUCCCCAGGUCACAGAACCCUGUCAGUGGUCCAUCUGAGACAGAGAAGCAAAAAUCUCAAUUCCCAAGAUUAUCUCCUCAGCGAUCAAGCAAAAGAAAGACGAACCUUACAGCAGAGCAGGACCAAGGCUCUGGCAGCCCUCUGGACGACGAGGGAGCAACUGUCUAUGAAGGACACAAAGUCUACAGUCGAUUUGAAUAUUUGCUUAGUACUGAAAGUGUUCCUCGGGAUAAAUCAAUGAGGGCGACAAGGAUGCAUCCCUCAGAGAAAGACAGAGGCGCUUCCCUGAACAGGCAUGACACUGGCUAUCCAGCGUAUCAGACACAAAGUGGUGCUGACAACAAACUGGGAAGAUUCAUGCAACGAGUAGGAAGUCUAAUAAACAAGAACAAGUAGAAGGAAGAGAAGGAGGCCACUAUGCUCAGGAAUGAAGUCAGAGCUAGUGUGUAGUCCUUCUAUUGUUUCUUGAUUUAUUUUGGCAUCGCUCCCACACACAGGCUGUACAUCACCACUGCAAUCUGUUAUCUCUUUCAUAUGUUUGAUAAUGUGGCUAAGAUCUUACCAGGGAAGAUAUUUACCACUGAUAUCAAAACACACAAAGUGAUGUCUCUCGUAUCUGCUACUAACUAAAUAUCUUUCUAUUACCCUAAAUUUGAUAUGACAGGGAAGCAGGGUAGAUGUGAAAAAGCCAAUAAAUCAAGUUGUUUACCAAUGAAGUUAAAGCAGGGUCAAUGUAACAAUAGCGCUUGUAUACAGGAAUCAGGAUCAUGUAAGAUGGAUUGUAAAAAUGAUUGUUAAAAAUAUGUCUACAUGGAAAUUGUUUGUUCUUUAUAAAAGUUUACUUUAGUCCGGUGAGAUUUUAUAUUUUGUCUAUUCAUAACAAGCUCGUGAAAAGACCAAAACCAAUAGUAUUGUGUGUGUAUCCAAAGCCUGGCAUAUCUUACUCCUCUGUGCCUUAGAGCGCUAUUGUUCUUAGGAACACAUGGUUGACAUGUUCCCUUAUUAAAAUGAACAUGGAUAUUGUAGCUUGUAGCUUGUAAGUUAUUGUAUCCUGCUGCCCCAAUACUCACCAAAGCACCAAAUGUAUUAAUCCGCUGCUGAAAAUAAUCCCCAUUAAAGUGAGUAACAUUUGCUAAAUUUACAAAAUUACUGAGCCAUUUAUUUUAA